GGAGGAGGAGGAGGAGGCGGCGGCGCGAUGCCGGCGGCGGCCGGGGGGCUGCUGUGGUGGAGCUGCUGCGUGCUGGCGGCGGCCGCCGGGGCUCCGCGGGCGGCUGCGGCGCAGGCAGUGUGUGCUGGCACCGAGAACAAGCUGAGCUCCCUCUCGGACCUGGAGCAGCAAUACCGGGCCCUGCGCAAGUACUAUGAGAACUGUGAGGUAGUUAUGGGCAACCUGGAAAUCACCAGCAUCGAGCACAACCGAGACCUCUCUUUCCUGCGGUCUAUCAGAGAAGUCACAGGCUAUGUUUUGGUGGCUUUGAAUCAAUUUGAAUACCUGCCAUUGGAGAACCUGCGCAUCGUUCGUGGGACCAAACUCUAUGAAGACCGAUAUGCUUUGGCGAUAUUUCUUAACUACAGAAAGGAUGGUAAUUUUGGACUCAGGGAACUUGGCUUGAAGAACUUGACAGAAAUACUGAAUGGAGGGGUGUAUGUUGGCCAGAACAAAUUUCUUUGCUUCGCAGACACCAUUCAUUGGCAGGAUAUUGUGCGUAACCCCUGGGCCUCCAACUUCACUUUGGUUCCAACGAAUGGCAGCUCGGGAUGUGGUCGAUGCCACAAAUCCUGCACAGGCCGAUGCUGGGGACCCACAGAGAAUCACUGUCAGACCUUAACCAAGACAGUGUGCGCAGAGCAGUGUGAUGGACGGUGCUAUGGGCCCUACGUCAGCGACUGCUGCCACCGGGAAUGUGCUGGAGGCUGUUCCGGACCUAAAGACACUGAUUGCUUUGCCUGCAUGAAUUUCAAUGACAGUGGUGCAUGUGUGACGCAGUGCCCGCAGACAUUUGUGUACAAUCCUACCACCUUCCAGCUAGAACAUAAUCACAAUGCCAAGUACACGUAUGGGGCUUUUUGCGUCAAAAAAUGCCCACACAACUUUGUGGUCGAUUCCAGUUCUUGUGUUCGUGCAUGUCCAAGCUCCAAGAUGGAGGUUGAAGAAAAUGGUAUUAAGAUGUGCAAGCCCUGCACUGACAUUUGUCCUAAAGCAUGUGAUGGCAUUGGAACAGGGAGUUUAGUGUCGGCUCAGACAGUGGAUUCCAGCAAUAUUGACAAGUUCAUAAACUGUACCAAGAUCAAUGGCAACCUUAUCUUCCUCGUUACUGGGAUUCAUGGGGAUCCAUACCACACAAUCGCCGCUAUUAAUCCGGAGAAAUUAAAUAUCUUCCAAACAGUGAGAGAAAUAACAGGGUAUUUGAACAUACAGUCGUGGCCUGAGAAUAUGACAGAUUUCAGGGUGUUUUCUAACUUGGUUACAAUUGGUGGAAGAGCUCUGUAUAGUGGCCUUUCCUUACUCAUCCUAAAGCAACAAGGCAUUACCUCUUUGCAGUUCCAGUCCUUGAAGCAAAUCAGUGCUGGCAACAUCUACAUAACAGACAACAGCAAUCUGUGUUACUACCACACAGUCAACUGGACCAGCCUUUUCAGUACGCCCAGUCAAAAGACAGUGAUUCACCGAAAUAAAAAAGCAGAGAACUGCACUGCUGAUGGGAUGGUGUGUAAUGAGUUAUGCUCAAGUGAUGGCUGCUGGGGACCAGGGCCAGACCAGUGCCUCUCCUGCAAGCGCUUCAUCAGGGGAAGGACCUGCAUAGAGACUUGUAACCUGUAUGAUGGGGAAUUCCGUGAGUUUGCAAAUGGAUCUGUCUGUGUUGAGUGUGAUCCCCAGUGUGAAAAGAUGGAAGACAACAUGAUCACGUGCUAUGGGCCGGGACCUGACCACUGCACAAAGUGUUUCCAUUUUAAGGAUGGUCCAAACUGUGUGGAGAAAUGUCCUGAUGGCUUACAGGGGGCAAACAGUUUCAUUUUCAAAUAUGCCGAUGAGGAUCGUGAGUGCCAUCCAUGUCAUCCAAACUGCACCCAAGGGUGUAGAGGUCCCGCUAGUCAUGACUGCAUUUACUAUCCAUGGACACGACAGUCCACUUUACCACAACAUGCUAGAACCCCUCUGAUUGCUGCUGGAGUUAUUGGUGGCCUUUUCAUCAUCGUCAUUGUGGGCCUGACAUUUGCUGUGUAUGUUCGGCGCAAGAGCAUUAAAAAGAAGAGAGCGUUGCGAAGGUUCCUGGAGACUGAGCUUGUGGAACCCUUAACUCCGAGUGGCACAGCACCCAACCAAGCACAGCUUCGUAUCCUGAAGGAAACUGAGCUGAAACGAGUCAAGGUUCUUGGCUCUGGAGCCUUUGGAACUGUAUACAAGGGUAUUUGGGUCCCCGAGGGAGAAACCGUAAAGAUUCCUGUGGCCAUUAAGAUCCUUAACGAGACCACUGGUCCCAAAGCCAAUGUGGAGUUUAUGGAUGAAGCUCUGAUCAUGGCUAGCAUGGACCACCCCCACCUGGUGAGACUUCUGGGUGUGUGCUUGAGCCCGACCAUUCAACUAGUCACUCAGCUGAUGCCUCAUGGCUGCCUGUUGGAUUAUGUUCAUGAACAUAAGGAUAAUAUUGGCUCCCAGCUUCUGCUAAACUGGUGUGUCCAAAUAGCCAAGGGAAUGAUGUACCUGGAAGAGAGGAGACUUGUGCACCGGGACUUGGCAGCCCGUAACGUCUUGGUGAAAUCACCAAACCACGUGAAGAUCACUGACUUCGGCCUGGCCAGACUUCUGGAAGGGGAUGAGAAGGAGUAUAAUGCUGAUGGAGGGAAGAUGCCAAUUAAGUGGAUGGCUCUGGAGUGUAUACACUACAGGAAAUUUACCCAUCAGAGCGAUGUUUGGAGCUACGGAGUCACUAUCUGGGAGCUUAUGACCUUUGGUGGAAAGCCAUACGAUGGGAUCCCAACUCGAGAGAUCCCUGACCUCUUGGAGAAGGGAGAGCGGUUGCCCCAGCCUCCAAUCUGCACUAUUGAUGUUUAUAUGGUGAUGGUGAAAUGCUGGAUGAUCGAUGCUGACAGUCGGCCUAAAUUCAAGGAGCUGGCUGCUGAAUUCUCUAGAAUGGCUCGAGACCCUCAAAGGUACCUGGUAAUUCAGGGAGAUGAUCGUAUGAAACUACCAAGUCCAAAUGACAGUAAGUUCUUUCAAAACCUUCUUGAUGAAGAAGACCUGGAAGAUAUGAUGGAUGCUGAAGAGUAUCUUGUUCCUCAAGCCUUCAAUAUCCCUCCUCCCAUCUACACUUCCAGGACAAGAAUUGAUUCCAACAGGAGUGAAAUUGGACACAGCCCUCCUCCUGCCUACACCCCUAUGUCAGGAGUCAUGAUGUCAAAAUUUCCUUGCACACCCCUGCUGACAAGCAAUAUGAACCAGUUUGUGUAUAGAGAUGGCGGCUAUGCUGCAGAGCAAGGAGUGCCGAUGCCAUACAGAGCUCCUGGCUGCGUAAUCCCAGAAGCCCCAGUUGCUCAAGGGGCCACGGCAGAGAUCUUUGAAGAUAGCUGCUGUAACGGCACACUGCGAAAACAAGUGGCCACCCUGGCAAAAGAGGACAGCAGCACCCAGAGGUACAGCGCUGAUCCCACAGUCUUCAUACCUGAGCGGGUCAUCCGGGGAGAGCUGGAUGAGGAUGGGUACAUGACACCGAUGCGAGACAAACCUAAAACAGAUUACCUAAACCCAGUGGAAGAGAACCCAUUUGUCUCCCGACGAAAGAAUGGAGAUCUCCAAGCUGUGGACAACCCAGAGUACCACAACGCUCCAAACGGGCAGCCCAAAGCCGAGGAUGAGUACGUGAAUGAGCCAUUGUACCUCAACACUUUUGCAAACACCUUGGAAAAUGCUGAGUACCUGAAGAACAAUUUGCCAGAGAAAGCCAAGAAGGCCUUUGACAACCCAGACUACUGGAAUCACAGCCUGCCCCCACGAAGCACCCUCCAGCACCCGGACUACCUGCAAGAGUACAGCACAAAAUACUUUUACAAACAGAAUGGACGGAUCCGGCCCAUUGUGGCAGAGAAUCCUGAAUACCUCUCUGAGUUCUCCCUGAAGCCUGGCACUGUGCUGCCCCCGCCACCCUACAGACACAGAAAUACAGUGGUGUAGUAACCACGGUCUUACAGAAGUGGAAAGGCAACCCCUUCUAGCUGCCUCACUCUUUCUCUCUCUCCUUUUCUCUUCUCCCCUCCCUACCUCCCUUUCUUUCUCCCAUGAGCUUCCUCUUCUUGCCAGUUCACUCAUUUUUGAUAUUUCCAAGUCAAAGGAUGUCUUGGAGUCAUUUGCAGAUUGGGUUGGGAACCUGAAAGGAAGGAAGGAAAGAGACUGAAAGGAGGAGUGUACAACCUGGUGCUUCCCGCAGAUCUGAGGGUCAGACGGUCGGAGAAGCCAGGCAGUACCAGUAAGGGCAGUGGCAGUGUUCCUGCUGUCGAACUGGUUCUCAGUGAUUCAGCCCAGCCACUGCAGGGAAAGCCGCAGAGAGGCUGUCUCUGUCAGGAGGAACUGAUGAGAGUCUGUACAGCAUUCCUGGAAAUCUCAAUGCAGUUUCUAUUAGGGGGAAAAUUGGACAUUUUUUAUAUCACGUGUGAUAGCAUUGUAAUUGAGAUUGAGAAUCCAGUUUCUUUCUCUAACACUUUCUAUCCCAGCAACCGGAAAUGGCUAACCUGGCUUUUCAUAAUCGUUCAGAUCUUCAUCGUGGCUUUCUAAGAAAUGAUGAUGUGACUCUAAUAGCCGGCUAAACCCUUAUUCUGAGCCACACCAUGAUUUUGUGCCACUUCGGUAACCACUGGGACUCCAGCUCAGAACUGGUGCAUGACAUGACCAUUUUUGUAUAUCUGCCAACAGGACAAAUGUUUUAAAGAGAAAAAUCCUUUCAGAAAGGAGUAACAAGACCCCAUCUCCAACCUGUUCUUCUUGAAGCUAAAAGACAGGCCAAGAAAUCAAGAUUUAUAUGUAAAAAGUUUUGUUUUCCUGUUUAUACCAGCUGAACAUAAGUACGUAAACAGACCCAAACAAAUUCUUCCCUCUUUUUCUUCUUUGCAAUCAUGACAGGAGUAGGGGAUGCUGUCAGGCAACACUGAGGACGAGAUGGAGAACUGGAGAGUUCGGUAUGGGUCAUGAAGCCUGCUGGUGUUCUGUGGGGUGGCGGUGGGAAGGGUGCUUCAAACUGGAAGAAAGACACUGGACUGGAGAAAACGCACAUAGCAGUUCACUGGAAAGUUAGUUUGCACUUAAGCUCCGAUUUUAUUUGAACUGUUUUCUGGAUUUUGAAUGAAGCAAUAUGGAAGUGACCAGCAAAAUACAGAAUAAUAAUUUUAAGUUAAAAAAAAAAGUGAAUUAUAUGUAAAGGGUGACUGUGGAAAUGCCAAAGUGAAGCAAACCAAGUCUUUGGAACAAUGUCCACCAGUUCAGAGAGGCCAUUGCAUUGACUGCUUCAGAGAAUACAGUGAUGGAGCAACCACCUCUUACUGCUGCCACGUGACAGACAGCAGAGCAAGCCCUGAAAGGGAUCAGCGGAGACGAAUGCCUUGCUCCGGCUUGCAGUACAGCACAGAAUGCUUUUUUCUAACAGGAGGAUUACUCUUGCACAGAAGAAAGCGCAUACGAGGUUUGAGAAGUCAAAAUGUGCAUGACUUGCAGAGCUUUCAGUCAAAAAGUGUAAAUAAGUAUAAUUCAGUCUCCUUGCACUUAGAUCUGCUUUCAUCAGCCUCAGAUUUUAGGCAGACACCCCACAUACACACCCUCCUCUGUUUGGAAAUAACAUCUAGGACUGUGGCUGAAAGCUUUUAGCGACCUGAGGCAGAUGGAGCUGGGAAGGGUGCAGAAGGGGCCAGUGACACUGAUGGCUGGCUCCUGAUGUGCCGAGACCUGUGCGUAAGAGCAUUUGCAUACCUAGUUCCCACUGAAAACCUUAAGGACAUAUUAAGUACCCUUGUAGAUCUGUCUGUGUCUCUAUCCGUUAAGGCUUUUAAAGGGGAAGAAAUAAUAUCUGUUGGAGGGCGAUCUUAAGCGAAAAAUACCAGUUGGAGGGCAGUGUUAAAUGAUGCAACAGUAUUUCAGUUUAUGCACUUCAGUACUAUUAAAGUCAAGAUCUUGGGGUAAUCUGGAAACAAAACCAGCAACAUCUGGUGGUCUGGAAAUUGUACCAAGUUCCUCCAGAAUCCUGCCAUAUGAACAGCUUGCCACCUUUAAUCAUAAGGGAGCAGAGGAAGGAGUAAGAGACAUGCACUAUUUACCCAAAUCUUGGUGGCUCAGGGUCAGCUUGUAUGAAGAGAUUUCAAACCUGGGUUGGUUGGUAGGCUUGGAUGUGGAAAGCAGAUGCAUGUCAUCAGGGUUGGUUCUGCCAACAACCUGCUUCUGCGCCGCGUGUGUUGAGGCCAGCUCGAGCCAGCUGAGCUGCACUCCAGCUGCGGGGCAGGUGCUAGACCUGUAAAUGCAGUACGGAGCUGGGGAGCCCGAAAACAGCAAGGACAAGUAUGGAGCUUUGACGCUAUUGGAAGGAGAUGUUGGGCCAGGUGGUACCAAGGCGGUGUGUGGUGG